AUGGACUUGGCACUGAAUGUAUAUGACCCCUUAGCCGACCCUGGCAAGGAUCCCAAAAACAGCAGUUCGACGAUAAAUGUUCAACCAAUGCUGGCGAAACUCGACCACAUUAGGCUUACGAUCAACUUGCUGAGACCUUCGAAUGAGGCGAGGAGACUUAAGCCUAAACGCUCCUCAGAAAGAUUCUGGAAAGCAUUGGAACUGUUCCAGGUGACGUCACCAAACAACUGGUUAAAGAGUACUAGGACCAAUAUCAAUUUCCUAGCCGAUAUCUUGUGUAGAGCUAGCCAAUAUGGCCUUACUGUCGGAAUUUACACGAAUUUUUACGAUUGGUCUCAAAUCACGGAUGGAGCGACGAUCGAUAACGCAAUGCUCUGGUGA